AUGGUAAAAUAUAUUGCUUUUAUGGACGUAUUGAGGCAGGAAGAAAUUGAAAAGUUCUAUCAAGCGUGCCAAAUGCAUCGAGAAUACUAUAAAGGAUACCCUAAAAGUUAUCAUCCUUUAAUGUACUUUAGAGAACCAGAAUACGCAUUCCAGUGUCCGCCUGAAAUGUCAGAAUCGUACUUGAGUUUUCCUGCUUAUCAUGUGAAAUAUAAGCAACCCUCGAUUUUACCCUCAACAAUUGGUCGUACGUCAGGGAUUCCUCAAUUGCCUCACCGUUCCUUAGCGGGUCGUUUCAAUAAGACACCUUGUAAAGCUUUUGCCUGUCAGCGUCAUAGAGAUUAUUACAGAGGAUAUCCAAAAGCUCAUCAUCCUCUGGUUUACUUUAAAGAUCCUGAAUACUUGUACCAAUGCCCUUCAGAAAUGACACCUGUAUACCUAUCAUUCCCAAUGUUUCAUGUGAAAUACAAACAACCGAUCGUGUUGCCGAGUGAAACUGGACGAUCUAGCGGAAUACCAGCUCUUCCGGACCGCACACUCGCUGGACGUUUUAAUAAGGCAGCUUGUAAAGCUUUUGUUAGAUAA